AUGAAGUAUGAAGAUUUAGACCUGAUUGCCAUUUGGCCAUCACCGACAAGAGCUGACCUUUGCCGAUUCAUCAAGGAGAAUCUUUUGAACAAUAAUGUUAUUACCCAAUUAUUCUUUAUCGAUGCUACAAACUCAUUCCCGCUAAGCCAUUUCCAGAAACUAGUACCGCCAGAUCUUUCAGAAAACGCCAAGAUAUAUGAAAAUAUCAGAAUUAACACCUGUCUUGAUCUAGAAGAGCUUAGCGCCAUAACAGUCAAAAUACUACAAAUUCUAUCCAUGAACAAGAUCAACGCUCAAAAGGACACAGAAGACGCUGCUGCUGAUCCGCUAAAGAUUAUAUUAUACAUCAACGGGUUAGAGAUCAUGUGUAGGAACUCUCAAUUUAAAUCGUCGCCUCAACGCUCACAUGAAUUAAUAAGGGACAUUUUGCUUAAAUUGCGUGUAAUGGCGAAUAAUGCUAGAGCACCCAUAAGAACAGUGUUGGAAUUUCCUAAGGAGCAACUAUUGGACUAUUAUUUCAUGAAAAAGAAUAAAACUAGUGCCCUGUUACCAGCAUCGACGCAUAGCAAGAGGAGAAGAAUGAAGAAUGGAGAUUCCCUUGCUGAGUAUAUCUGGAAGUACUAUGCAGAUUCCAUUAUUUGA